AUGGUUUCGGUGAGCUUGAAUGAUUGUGAUUUGGCAUUUUCAGAAGCGUUCAGUUUCAAUGAUGGUCAGCAAUCGAGCGGCGGGGGUGUUAUGCCCCCGGGCGGUGCAUUCCAAAUGCCGUUAAGCGGUAUUCUUGGUGGACCACAACUUGGUGUCUCGCAACAGUCGGGUCCACAACAGUUUCCUCUAGGUGGUGGCUCGCAAUUUCCAUCACAAGGACCACUUCAGGAUGUUUUUCAACUGCCUCCGUUAGGACCACACGGCGGACACGGGCCACUAGUGAUGGGUGGAGGCGGAGGAGGUGCUGGGGGAGGGCCACCGUUCGAGAGUCGCCCACCCGGAUCGCUGGCUCCAGGAGGCCCGAUUGGAGGCGGCGAAGGAGCUGGGGCUCUGCAGCCAACAUCCGCCAAUAUUCCUCCUCCAAGCGGAGGACCACCAGCACCAGGAGCUGGCGGAGUGACUUUCCAGUGUCCACGUCGACCAAAUCAUGGCAUUGAAGGUCGUUCGAUAGUGUUGAGAGCGAAUCAUUUCGCCGUAAGAAUACCGGGUGGCAACAUACAGCACUACUCAGUGGAUGUGCAACCGGAUAAGUGCCCACGAAGAGUGAAUCGUGAAAUCGUGAAUACGAUGAUACGCGCAUAUCAAAAGAUCUUCAACAACAUCAAUCCAGUGUACGAUGGUAAAAGGAAUAUGUACACUCGUGAUUUGCUACCGAUCGGACGAGACCGAGUCGAAUUGGAAGUGACCUUACCGGGUGAUUCGGCAGUUGAGCGACAGUUCAUUGUCACCAUCAAAUGGGUUUCCACGGUUUCUUUGUCAACACUCGAAGACGCAAUGGAAGGUCGAAUACGUCAAGUGCCGUUCGAGUCUGUUCAAGCAAUGGAUGUCAUCCUCAGGCAUCUUCCGAGUUUGAAGUCAGUUCACUUGGAUUACAUUUUGUUCUUUGGUCAAACAAUUGAGUGUACAGUAACGAAGUAUUUCUUCGACAAAUAUCGAAUGCAAUUGAAAUAUCCUCAUUUGCCAUGUCUUCAAGUUGGACAAGAGCAAAAACAUACCUACUUACCACCAGAAGUUUGCAAUAUUGUACCGGGUCAACGUUGCAUUAAGAAGCUGACCGAUACACAAACGAGUACUAUGAUUAAGGCAACUGCACGAUCGGCACCUGAAAGAGAGCGAGAGAUUUCAAAUUUGGUACGAAAGGCCGAAUUUAAUUCUGAUCCAUUCGCACAUGAAUUUGGAAUCGCAAUCAAUACGGCUAUGACUGAGGUGAAAGGGCGUGUUUUGAAUGCACCAAAACUGCUGUAUGGUGGUCGUACGAAAGCUACAGCACUGCCAAAUCAAGGUGUAUGGGAUAUGCGUGGCAAGCAAUUCCAUACGGGUAUUGAGGUGAAAAUAUGGGCAAUCGCAUGUUUUGCUCAACAACAACAUGUCAAAGAGAAUGACCUCAGAAACUUCACAACCCAGUUACAACGAAUCUCAAAUGAUGCUGGCAUGCCAAUAAUGGGUCAGCCGUGCUUCUGCAAGUACGCAGUUGGAGUGGAUCAAGUAGAGCCAAUGUUCAAAUAUCUCAAACAGACAUUCUUGGGUAUUCAACUCGUAUGUGUUGUACUGCCUGGUAAAACACCCGUUUACGCGGAAGUGAAACGAGUUGGUGACACAGUGCUGGGUAUAGCGACACAAUGUGUUCAAGCGAAAAACGUCAUCAAAACCACACCGCAGACUCUGUCGAAUCUGUGCUUGAAGAUGAACGUGAAGUUGGGUGGUGUGAACUCAAUUCUUCUGCCAGCCGUCCGUCCGAGAAUAUUCAACGAACCAGUGAUAUUUUUGGGGUGUGAUAUAACGCAUCCACCAGCGGGUGACUCGCGUAAACCGUCGAUAGCUGCUGUGGUUGGAAGCAUGGAUGCACAUCCGUCUAGAUACGCCGCAACUGUUAGGGUGCAACAACAUCGUCAAGAAAUAAUCAGUGAUUUGACGUUCAUGGUACGUGAACUUUUGGUGCAGUUCUAUCGUAAUACACGCUUCAAGCCAACUCGUAUUAUCGUCUAUCGAGACGGCGUUUCUGAGGGACAAUUUUUCAAUGUGCUACAACAUGAACUACGUGCAAUGCGUGAGGCGUGCAUGAUGUUGGAAAGGGGCUAUCAGCCCGGAAUAACAUUUAUUGCUGUACAAAAGCGACAUCAUACGCGAUUGUUCGCAGUCGACAAAAAGGAUCAGGUUGGAAAAGCAUUCAAUAUUCCACCUGGAACGACUGUUGAUGUCGGUAUCACGCAUCCAACUGAAUUUGAUUUCUACCUCUGCUCACAUGCUGGUAUACAGGGUACAUCGCGUCCAUCGCAUUACCAUGUUUUGUGGGACGAUAAUAAUCUGACGGCAGAUGAACUGCAACAACUCACCUAUCAAAUGUGCCAUACAUACGUUCGAUGUACACGUUCCGUGUCAAUUCCAGCACCUGCAUACUAUGCUCAUUUAGUCGCAUUCCGUGCCAGAUAUCAUCUGGUUGAUCGUGAACAUGAUAGUGGUGAAGGAUCUCAGCCGUCCGGAACAAGUGAAGAUACGACGCUGAGUAAUAUGGCACGUGCCGUACAAGUGCAUCCAGAUGCGAAUAGUGUGAUGUAUUUUGCAUGA